UUGCGAGUGGACAAUGACGUGAAACAGUAUCUGAGUGUAAUAAUGAAUCCCUACAAUAAUUACCCACAUUUUCUCAGUCAUGUAUGUAUCUUACUUUUGGUUGAGCACUCCUGAAAACAUGCGUGUAAAAAAGAUAAGAAUAUGUUUUAAAUAAGUUCCCGCCAUCCCAAAUCCUAAUCGCUAUUUCAUUCACGUUUAGUUUUAAAAUGAAAUUUAAGGGAACAUUAUUGGUUAUAAUUACGCAAUGCUGUAUAUUACUUACUGCGAGUACAAAUCAUGCAAACAUAGGAAGAAUGGGUAUGUCAAGACUUAUAGGACGGCAUGACGUUACAAGUUCCCCAGUCCGCGCCAACAUGGGAGUUGGUAGGAUUAUCGGAGGCCACGAGGCUGAAGCUCACAGCCACCCGUACAUGGUGUCUCUUCAGCUUCGAGUCCUGUGGGUGCGCGUACAUUACUGUGGCGGAGCCUUGAUUAGUGACAGUUGGGUUUUAACUGCAGGUCACUGUAUAAAAAGUUGGGUGAUAUACCUCUUCGGUAUAGAUGCAGUAGCUGGUGCUCACGACGCAUUCUUUCCUGAAAAAACUGCCCAGAUAAUAAGGGUCGCCGAACGAAUACCACAUCCACUGUAUAAUGGAGAUAUUGGCCCACAUGAUAUAGGACUAGUCAGAACAAAACAACCGUUUCAGUUCACCAAAGACAUUCAGCCCAUACAUCUACCCACAGACUCAAUAGUACACCCAUCACUUACUCUCAUAGGUUGGGGAGAGCUGAAGACCACUUGGUUCUUCCCAGCAUUGCCUAGCAAACUGCAAGAGGUCAACCAGGAAUAUAUUCCUCAUAAAAAAUGUUACAACGCUGUCAAUGACCUACUAGAUUAUGGUGAAAUCAAUCCUCUGGUAGAAGACGCUAACAUUUGCACUGGGCCCAUAACCGGUGGCAUAGCUGCAUGCAAUGGAGAUUCUGGGGGUCCUCUCGUUGAAUAUGUUCCAACAUUGAAAUCGGCCAACACAUCUGACGAUGAUAAUGCUUUAGAAGAAAUCACAGAUAAAGAAGAUAAUAUUGAAUAUGUGCCAGUUUUAUUAGGAGUAGUGUCAUGGGGCGUAACACCUUGUGGCGAAGUCGGAGCUCCUACAGUUUUUACGAAUGUUACACAUAACAUGGAUUUCAUAAUGGUAAAUACUCAAUUGAAAAUAUAAAUUACUUUUUUAUAUUCG